AUGGUAACACGAGGAGAAACGACGAAAGGUUGCGCCAUUUCACCGGAAGCGAUGUCACCGCAUACGCUGCUGCUUUAUGGCAUCGACGACGACAAAAUGCUCAGCGCGACCGCUGCCGGCUGCCAUUUCGGAGCUCGGCAGGGGGCGCGUAGGGCAAAAAGUAAUCGGAUAAAACAAGUAAUUGGAGUGGCAGGCAUCGAAGCGCAGCACGCUAUGUGA